AUGGGGUCCAGGGCGGCAGAGCUGUUUGCUGAAAUUGACCAGCUUCGUACUCAACUGCUGCACAAUGUCGAAGUAAUAUCGGACUGUCAGCGAGCCGGAGGAGAAGUUAGCCAGUAAGUCACCUUCACCUGCUUUAGCAGAGAGCUAACGCCACAUUAAACCAUAGUUAAAAACUGGUUUAGCGUCCUCUACGAUGUUAGCACGAGGAUACGUAAUUAAGACAGUCUAAUUAUGAACAGGUGUGAUUUUCUCCUCAAUACAGUAACUAGAGGAACUUCGACAAAACAGUUAUUAGUCGACAAAUAUAUCGAAAGAAAAAUAAAAUUAGUCACUGAUUUCAUGAAUAUUAAGGACAACCAGUGACUGAAAUAAGCAAUUAAACAACAAUAUCUACGCAGACUUUUGCUCACUGGCUUGUUUUGUAUAGUUAAUUAUUAUCUCUGUGUGUUAUUUUCCAGCAGGGAAAUUUUGACCCGCAUUGAAAAUGUGAUCCUUGGAAUAAUGACCAGUCUGUCCAAAGAUGAGGCCCCUGUCUUGGCUCUGCCCAACAGGUCCAGCUGGGCCAAUGUCAGGUAGAUAGAUCAAUAGUAAUAGGUCAACAUAAACCUUCAGUUUGGGUUGGGCAAUAAUAAUUUUUUUCACUACUUUUGGGAUAGGUGAAGAGCAAACUUGCACUAUAUAAGGGGUGUCUUAAGCCUAGAACACUAUUGCUAAAAUUAGUAAUACCAUCACUAUCGCUGGGAGAUUUUUUACCUGAAAUAAUAUACCCAAGAAAAAAUACUUGUCAUCAAAAUAGGACAAUACAUGACAAAUUAAAGUAGUUUUCUUUUUAACUGAACAAAAAAUUCCCUAAAAAAAAGAAAGAAAGAAAAUGUGAACUCAAUUUCUUCUCCACCCAUUCCUGGGGCAUGUGAGUCUUCCCGGGUAAGGACUCACGGUCCUUGGCACAAUAACAGCUGCAGGAGAGAGAACCAAAAUAUGGCAUAUUUUGAGUGAGUGAAAAUGACCAGCUGACUAAAAUAUUUCUUAUUACCAUAUGAAUUCCUGUGAAAAUCACUACUUUGUGAUAGUUAUUCAUACCCACUGCACUAAAUAAAUUCCAGGGCCACUCUUACUUAACUUAUUCCCUACAUACGGCUAUAAAACAAAAUCAACUCAAUAUACAUUUACGAAGUUAAACGAACCUUAGCUAUGUGUUACUCACUAGCUGGGAUGCCAGAGACAUCAACCCUGCAACAGAAUCUCAGCUGUAGUCGAAAAAGGGAGGGUAAAUAUGGCAGUCCUGAGUGUUAUCAGCCUUGAAAUGCAGCAAGCUCACCUGCAUUUAUACAUUUAACAAUAUUGCCGGGUGAACGUCAUGCGAACAUGUGCCUUUAGGAAAAAGCGGGUUUUGGAUCAAGGAAACAAAUAUGCCUUCAAAGAUGUCAAAAGGCAAUGCUGAAGCUACCCAGGGACUCAUGAUACUCAGACAAAUGCAACAUAAUGAAAAUCACGUAAACAUGUUUGGUUGGGUAAAAAUCACCCGACGAUCGUGUUCUAGGGUUAAGCAGACUGUACGAGCAACCAGGUGGAGAAAGAGGAAUUUUUACUCCCAGCUUUGGGUCUGUUAUUGAAGAUGAAUUAACUUCCUCCUGUUUAAAGAUGAGAGGGUGAUAAGGUCUACAAACUCACACACACAUGAACUAACUUUCCAAAGGCCUUUAAUGUAAGUAGGCAGCGGAGGCUAAAUGCUCAGAACAAAGUUGACUGCCACGUCUUGUUUGGAUCAAACCUUUCCGCAGCUCAAAGCGCAGUAGUUGAGCCUUUUCAAAUGUGAGAAUCCCACAGAUUCAGCUCUAAAGAGGAAUCGGUGUGGUUAAAUACAAGGGAGGUCUUCUCACAGGUAGCCCUCAGGGUGUGGGGAAUUUAAAAUGGCUUUCAGAUGUAAGAGCAGAUUUCAAAGCUACAAAAAGUAAAUAUAGCACCACAGAAACUGCAGAUUUCUUUGAUCACUCCCUUUCCUCCUCCUUGUAUCUCUUGUAUUGCUUUCAUUGCCUCCCACCUAAGUUUUGACAGCGCCGUUGGGCUUCACAUGAGUCCAGGAAGUUUUGUUACCACCAUCAGGAGUGACUGUGCUUCGUCAGUCACUAAAUUUGGUGAGGAGAAACACACCCUUCUUGUCUGUUGUUGCUUCGUAGGCUAUUUUGGAAACCUUCACAGAUGUUCUCCUCGUAUUAUGUUUUUAAUUUAUGUUCAUUGUGGACAUUGGCAUACACUGCACAAGCACAGGACAAGUCAGAAUGAGUUUGAGGUGACCGAAUAUGUGGAAAUUGGCUUUGAGGGAUCCGUUUUUGACAUGAACUGAGAGCAAAAUUGAGAUCUUUCCAAUGCAGUCCUCAACAAUAUGUAAUAUAAAUCUGAUUUUGCAAAUUAAAGACAUUACUGUUGACUUGUAUGACCUGCUUCUUUGUCCAAAGCACAAAUAGUCAAGAUCCUGAUGGUCAUCUACAAACUUGUGCAGAGCAACUCAUAUUCUACAAAAAGGUUAUUUUGUUUUUUAUUACAUUUGAAUUGAUCACUUAAGCCGAAUACAUUUCAAGGUAAUCUUUUUGUGAAGUGCUUUUGACACUGUCUCCCCAGGGAUAUCUAUUACAACGACACACAGCUGUUCGGUUCACAAAGGACUGUUGAUUGUAUAGUGGAUGACAUCUCCUGUUUGCUGAAGGUUCCACGCAGAUCCCUACAUGUGGUGAGUCUACAGUUCGGGUCCCUAGGAAUGCAAUUAUGCUUCUUAGUUUCGGAAGCACAAAAAAGUAAGACUAUUUGAGCAUGUGUUUGUAACUGUUUGUGUUUGUGCAUGCUGUUUUGGUAACAGUUGGCCACGUCCAAAGGGCUGAUCUCAGGUGACCUGUGUUAUUUGGAAGAGGACGGCACCAGAGUUGACUGCCGCUCUAGCUCUGCUGUAAGUCGACAAAUACACGAACCGGCUGCUUUACUCACCUCUACAGUGGGAAACAUUACAUCAGCUAAAGUGUAAUAGUAUCCUAUUGAAUUUCAUUGUUCCCAAAAACUUUGUUUGCCUCCUCUCCAAUAGGGUUGUACAAUAUUAAGACAAAAAUUAUAUCUGUGUUUUAUGAAAAUUAAAGACAGUUUGCAUCAGUCAUGCAAUGCUAGUUUAGCUUGUUUUGAUCAGUAAACACCACAUGUCUUCUGAGUUAGCAUGUGCAAUAGUCUGGCCCACUAGGCUUGAUCAGAUCCAGUGGAUGCAUGUGGACCCUCGAGGGAUGUUUUGAUUGUUUUUUUUCUCAAAUAAGUGACACUCAAUAUUGUCAUUUCACACAUUGUUAAAGCAGCAAUUAAGAUUAUAUCUCAGACUGUAUACAAUGCAUGGCCUACUUGUACCCUCUAGGCUUUCAACAGCUUCCCACCAUCUGUGUUUUGGGGGAAAAAAAAGUGUAUGUGUAACCCUGUAGUGCACAGCAUCGAUGUGUGUUGGGAGAACAUGGGAUUCAAACAAUAUGUCAGCAUUAAUUUCAAGUACCAUGGGGUGUUAACUGCUCCACAGGGGGCACUGUAUUUCCUACCAAACCAGUAAUAGGACUUACGAGACUGCCAGCAUGUUGUACUUGCUUUGAAUCUUUCUUUUUUCAUUUUAGGCUGUUGCAGUUUCAUCAAACAUCUCUGGGAUUAGGAGUAUCCUUUGGGGCUUUAGUUUGGGUGCAAACUCCUUGUCUCUUUUGUCAGGCACUCUACGGUGCGAUCUGUGCUUCUUAAUGCGGGUAGAAAGGACACUAUGUGGCUGCAGGAUCUGUUUUUUUUUCUUGAUCCUGUACAGAUAUCAUGUCGUCUGCAAAGUUUGUCCUGAUAGUGGAGAAGGAUGCCACAUUUCAGAGACUGCUAGAUGACGACUUCUGCACAAAGCUCUCUCCCUGCAUCAUCAUCACGGUGUGUUUACGUCUUCCUUUCUACUUCUUUAAGGGAACGGUAAAUGUGAUUUGCAUGCUCAAAUAGUCGAGUUUUUGUCUCUCACAUGCAUAACAGAUGUGUUUGUGCGGAUCAGGGUAAAGGGAUGCCAGAUGUGAACAGCAGGUUGAUGGUGAGAAAGCUCUGGGACACGCUGCACGUCCCUGUCUUUGCUCUGGUGGACGCUGACCCUCAUGGUACCGCAAACCUGCAUUACCUCCCACACAUGCUCUGCACACCUCUAAAUAUUUGAAACUCACUUUUCAUCUCCGAGCACACACCGUGGAGUUGCAUGUCUUGCCUAAGCAGCAGAUGUUAGCACCUGUCCGCUAUGUCAUACUGCGUGGUCUGGCUGUUAUUUCCGUUCGCGUGAUCUCGUCCAGCCCGGAUGGCUCAGUCUCCUUUAUCCUCCAUACCUCUAAACCCCUUUUCCUCAUUGCAUGGCAAGACACAUAUGUUAUGCUUUACCUUGUUCUAAGCUCCAUUACACAUCUCUGCUGGAUAAUUGCUCUGGUAUGCCAGUGAUUGCAGCAUGUCUCUAUCUCUCCUGAUUUUCUCAGGGAUGGAGAUCAUGUGUGUCUACAAGUAUGGAUCAGUGGUGAGUCUUGGCAGUUAUUCUUUAACUGCAUAUUAUACUGUGUGGCCUGGUUAAUGUCUCUGAUAGCUAAAUUUAAACAUAAACUCAUGUGGAAAAAUCGUCCAUCUCAGAUUGCAACACAAUCACUUAACGUCCCUACUUCAUCUUGUGUUGGUUUCAAUCAUAGAGUCUAUGGUUUCAAUGUCUUGUUAUGUAAUUAAACACCAUUAGGACCAUAAGUUAAGCUCAACCUCAUGCGUGUUUAUUUAAGAUAUACUCUAUAUAAACAUAUUGUGUAGCUGUGGGUGUGACCAGGCAUGUGUUUGUGUAUGUUUUUGUAUUUUCCUCCACAGGCCAUGUCGUUUGAGGCCCACAGCCUGACCGUCCCCAGCGUUAUGUGGCUAGGCCUCCUCCCCUCUGACCUCCAGAGGUUUGGACCCAACAUUUGCUACUUCCGACUUCCUCCUCCCGCCUCUAAUUGGGUUUAUAUUCUGGGGACAUUUAGAUUGUUUGUUUUGGUUUCUGUUGCUGUCGCUCUUGUUUUCCCUCUCCUUCAAUGAACUGCUCCUGAGAGUAUAUGGCGUUUUAAGUAUAUGUCCCCUUGAACAAAUUUAGAGAUUUGACAUACAUUUAAUUGUAGAGUGCAGUUUUUCCUCUUAUGUAUUUCCUUAAACAUACACAUAGUCACUCCGAAUGCAAAAAUGUUGGGAAUUGGAGGAAACGUACUGUUGGCACAGCACUGAUUACAAACUGGAACUCGCCUGCUGCAGUUUUCAGAAAAUUUAUUCAGUUGAAGAUUUUAUUCUGCAGGUUGCGGGUUCCUGAAGAUGCCCUGAUCCCUCUCACAAAGAGGGAUGAAAGCAAACUGGAGAGCCUCCUGAAAAGGCCAUACUUAACCAACCAGCCCGCCUGGAAGAAAGAGGUGAGAGGAUAAAAGGGAAGAGACUUCUGUACUCUAGAGUGAAGAAGUAUUUAAUAUUUAUCCUUAACACAUGAGUUUGAACACCAGAUAUGAAUUAUCUGGAAAAAAAUAGCAACAUUUUUUGUGCAUGUCAUACAUCCCUACCUCAGCUCAGAUCAGUCUGCUCUGGAAAGUGUUUCUGAAUCCCCUGUUCCUUCUUCAAAAGGAGAACACACUCUACCUCAGAGGUUCAGACAGUUUUAACAUUAUGCUCAUGUGACACACAGCAUAGGAAUGUGUGUGUGAGCGAGAGGACUCUUAGCUCGCCGGUACUAAGUAUACAGAACAGCCGCUUUGUUUUGGAGUGGCUCUAAAAGAAGCACCUGAGGAUUUAUACUUGUCUAAACAGCGUCUCUCUGAACUCCUUAAGAUUGCUGGUUUGCUCUUGUUGCAGAUGGAGCUGAUGCAGGAAAGUAAGGUCAAGGCUGAAAUACAGUCCCUGGCAGCUAUUGCGCCUGAAUUCCUCACCAACAUCUACCUGCCCAAUAAGCUGCGUUACGGUGGCUGGGUUUGAGUUCAAUGCUGCCAUCCAGUGGAUUUGUUGAAGAACAACAAAGGCUGGUUAAAGAUACAAAGUAAGCUCUCUGCUACUGCUCUAUCUGAUCUUACCUUAACUUAUUUAAACGUGAAGUGAAGUUUGGUUUAUACUGUUUCUUUAUAUUAGUGUUUUUAUGUUUGCUGACUGCGAUCCAGAUGUUUGUUCGUACUUUAAAACCUCUGUGAAUCCAGUAGAAAAUCUGAGAAGGUUUUUUUCUCUUGUCUACGUGUUUGAGUUUAAGAAGUCAUCACACAUUGUGUUUGUGUGCUUUUUAGAUUGAAUUAUUCUACAUUUGUGUCAGCAGUCAUAUACAUGUUUUAUGACCACUCAGCACAAUGCUUGGAUGAUGAUGCUGUGGUUUGGAGCUGGAGAAUCUAUUAAGCUGUUUCAUUAAAACAGGCGUUUUACCAUGUGGUCUUACAGAACUGUAUGAAAAUGGUGUCCCACUCUUGAUAUAGGAUUUCAGCUGCUCUGCAUUCAGGGGUCUCCUUUGUUGUAUCUGCUAUGUCGUGAUGUGCCACAUGUUUUCAACAUGUGACAUGCUGGGGCUGCAGGAAGGCCAAUUCCUGCAGAGCCACGUUGUAAGUCGUGCAAAUACCAUGUCAUGGACACUUGUGCAACCACUUAUGAUCAAGUAUGCUGACUUUUAAAGUGUGAUUUGUCAGACCAGAGGGAACCUGCUACUUGACCUCAGUCAGUCUUGAAAGGGCUGAAGCCCAGAGACAUUGCUGGUAUUAUUGCAUAAUUUUUCCUGCGUGGCAUACUUAAAUCUGCAUUUGUGAAUGCAGCAGCAAAUGCAAUGGUUAUUUUGAGCCCGUGCAAUGAUUUCCACUGCAGAGUUACAGUAUUUCUUUUGUAAUACAGUGUCAACAGAGAGCCAGAAUGUCACCCAACAUUAGUUAUCAGCUUUUUCUCUUUUGCACAGUGAUUCCUCCAGGUGUUUUAGAUACCCUUACACAACACAUGUCCUGACUGUUUUGAAACAUGUAGC